UUUCGCCAUCACCGUCUCUAACCCCUUUGAUCGCCAACUAAACUUGAACGAACGAUUACCAGAAGGAGCGGAGGGGAGGAAGAAGAAGUCAGAGAUGAGAGCCGGGGGGUGAUAUAAGAGCGCCAUCGCAUCAUCGAAAGCCCUCGUAAACCCCGAACCGACAGAUCGAUCGGAAAGAGAGAUCGGCAAGGUUUCGAGAUGGCCCAAGGCGAAGCGGCGCCCGAGGACGACGGGAAGCGGAGCAGCACGCGGCAGUGGCGGGGGUGCACCUCCUACCUUCGGCGGCCGAGUUGCCUCAACCCCGCUGCGGAUGGUCCGACCGGGAUGGGGAGCGAUCGGAGCGUCGCGGCGGCCGUGCGGGACAGCGGGAGCGCCGCGGAGCAGCGGGAUCCCACCCAUCUGGUCGUGAUGGUGAAUGGCAUCAUCGGGAGUGCUGCAAAUUGGAAAUACGCUGCCAAACAGUUCGUGAAAAGCCAUCCUGAAGACGUUGUGGUGCAUCGCAGUGAAUGUAAUUAUUCGACAUUGACUUUUGAUGGUGUUGAUGUAAUGGGUGAGAGAUUAGCAGAUGAGGUUAUAUCGAUUGUUGCUAAUAAUCCUGGUCUUCAAAAGAUUUCAUUUGUUGGUCAUUCACUUGGUGGCUUGAUUUCAAGAUAUGCUAUUAGUCUACUAUAUGAGAAGUCAAUACGGAAGCGCAGUUCAGAGGAAAAUGGGGAAUGUGAAGACCAUACUCCUGGAACCACAUGUGUGGACAAAAAUUUAAAAGGCAAAAUUGCUGGACUGGAGCCAAUUAAUUUUAUUACUUUUGCAACACCACAUCUUGGGUCAAGAUUGCACAAGCAGAUCCCAGUUCUUCGUGGCUUCUAUGCAUUGGAAAAAAUGGCAUAUCAUACUUGUUGGAUUCUCGGAAGAACAGGAAAACAUCUAUUUCUAAAAGACAAAGAUAAUGGAAAACCUCCUCUUCUUGUUCAGAUGGUCAAUGACUAUGGAGAUCUUCGAUUCAUGUCUGCUCUGCAAUCUUUCAAGCGUCGUGUUGCAUACUCGAAUGUUUGCUUUGACUUUAUUGUUGGGCGGAAGACAUCAUCAAUUCGUCGUCAACAUGAGCUUCCCAAGCGCCAAGAUUUUAUGAAAAAUAGUCAAUAUCGGCACAUUGUAUAUGUUGAGAAACCAAUAAUUACUGAUGUGCCACAGAUGAAUUUUUCAGCGUCAACGACUUGUGAACUGAAUACUAUAAGUGAGAUGGAAGAGGUAAUGAUCAAUGGUCUGAACAGAGUUCCUUGGGAAAGAGUAGAUGUUAGUUUCCGGAAAUGUUCACAAAGAUUUUUUGCUCACAGUACUAUGCAGGUUAAGACCUACCUUAUAAAUUCCCAUGGUGCAGAUGUGAUAUUUCACAUGAUCGACAACUUUCUCUUGUAGCUGCCAAUUAAAGCUUGCUGCUGCAGUUCAUACAAUCGGGCCAUCUCAGCUUUCUUUUUCGUUUAUUUCUAUUUUUCCUUUUUGAGGGAAUCAAUUGUACCAUCUCAAAUUUGAGAUGCUCGUAUAUGCAGAGGAGAUAGAUGAAUCAGGAAAAGUGCUCUUCUUCUUCAUCCAGCAUCCCCUGUGAAAACAUACAGAGUCUCCAUUUCUUCGCGCAACCCCGAGGGUAAGCACCCACCUCAUAUUUUGUCAACAUUUUUACUGGUCUUCUAUGUAAAUCCAGAUAAUUAGUUCUAAGACAAAUUUAACAUGUAAAACAUAUCAUUUACUGUGUAUUCAUUAACGUUCUUAUUGAAAUGUCAUCCAAGUGUAAGCU